GAUAAAAUUCCACAUAUGAAAGCAUGUUGCAUUUUAUUUAAUAUUUUAUUUCUUAGUGGCCUUUCUCUUUCUUAUGCCUGUAGAGCACUCUGCUUGUAAAUUGGUGUAAGCAUAAAAUAUCGCGCGGUGUUGUUGAAGAUCUUUGAAUUUGGUAGUGGUGAAAUGGCUACUUCAGUUUCCAGAAAAGACAAGGAUUUCUCUUUACAACUUCCUGCUCCUCCUGGCUGGAAAAAGCAGUUUGUUGCCAAGAAGAGUGGGACACCUAAGAAAAAUGAGAUCAUAUUCACUGCCCCAACCGGGGAGGAAUUCACAGGUAGAAGGCAGUUGGAACAAUAUCUCAAAUCACACCCUGGCAGUCCAGCUGUAUCUGAGUUUGACUGGGGCACUGGUGAGACCCCUAGACGAUCAGCAAGGAUUAGUGAGAAGUCAAAGGCAGCUCCAACCCGAGAAACUGAACCCCCAAAGAAACGAAGCAGGAAGUCAGCAGCUUCUAAAAAUGAGACCAAAGAAACAGAAAUUGCAACAGAAGGAGCUGAGGCAAAGGAAAUUCAAAUGCGGGAUGCUGGAAAGAGUGGAAAGGACAAAACAAAUGUAGAAGCUGGAAAAGAAGACCUGAAAGGAGAUCAGGCAGAUAAUAAAGAUAAACCUCGAGAGAGUGAUGCUAAAACGGAAGCAACUCCUACCGAAGAAGCUAAAGUUGAACGAGGCGUUGAUAAAUCUGAAAAAACUGAAGAUGGAAAGGGAGUAGAGCCUAAGCAUUCCAAAGGUACAUCUGAUGGUUCAGGAAUAUCUGAGAAUAAGAAGGAAACUUUGGAGGAUGAAAAGGUUCAAGGUAAGGACGCCCAACCAACGGUUGAGGCUUCAAAAAAACGUGGGUCUGGGGAACGAUAUAAAGCUGAUACAGUCAUCAAUGAGGACAAGUGUGAAGCGGAAGCAGAGAACAAAAAGAAACCUAACAAAAGCAUUCCUGAGACCGAAGGAGAGAUCAAGGAUAUAGAAGCAACAAAUGGCAAUAAUGAGAAACCAAAUUGUACAGUUAUUGAUGACGUGAAUGAGAAGGUGCAAGAAGAGGUAAUGGAGAAUGGAAGAAGUGGCAGUGAUGCCAAGCAAAGUCAAGCCUAGAUAUGGCGCUGGCGCGUCAAAUAUAGUAAUUGAUGCUGGCUUUCUUCUAACCCUUUUCUGACCAUUUUAGACUGCUAAGUCCUUUGGAUGACGGUAGAUUUAAUGUUAUAAUGAUAGCUACUUCAUUGUGGAUUCAGGCAUUGCUUUAGCAGAUCCACAGGUUACAUGUAAAAUGUAAGAGCUAGUGUUGCUGAACUUUAUAUGCAGUAGCCAUUGUAAAAGUAUGAUAUUGAUACUGGUAUUGUAAUGUCAUUAUACAGUUUAGUAAUGAAUAAGUUCCUUUUAGAGAUUA